ACCCCGAAAGGAUGAAAGGCAAAGUCGACCUCGGCGGAAUUUGAACUCAGAACGUAACGACAGACGAAAUACCGCUAAGCAUUUCUCCCGGCGCGCUAAUUGCAGUGUGAAAUAUACAAAAACGUUAUUUUAACUUCUAACGUUCGUAUUUGAAUAAUUGAAGGACUCUUUUAAGACUAAAAGGUGCGUAAUUAAAUGUAAUUGUAAACCAAAUGAAUAUCGCUAGCGAAAAAAUACUCUCCACAAGGAUAUAUUUAUGUGGAAAGUGAAUAUAUUGCAACAAGGAAUUCAUAAGCAAAAAACAAACAUUAAAAUAAAAUGAAUUAUAGCAAUACUACCACAAUCGAGGAUAUUAAUCGAGACACAUUUGCUGCUAUGAGACCAGCGUUUAUUCUCAUCUCUAUUUUGAUGCCUGUUGGUGUAUUCGGCAAUGCUACAGCCAUGUACAUCUAUGGUUUUCGUUUCCAGAAAUUACCAGUUCAUAUUUUCCUAAUUUGUUUAGCUGUUUUUGAUAUGAUUGGUUGCCUUUUCGGAAUACCUCUAGAAAUGGUCGAAUUAUUGUAUCCUUUGAUGUAUCCCAACCGAAUUCUUUGCAAGCUGGAAAGAUUCUUAAUAUACUACAGCAUCAGUACCUCAACUUCCACAUUGUUUGUGAUAGCAGUGGAGAGAUAUAACAAAGUUUGUCGCCAUGAUAAACAGCAACUUUCGGUUCGUCAAGCUAAAAUAAUAUCUGUGAUAAUUGGUUUCCUGUGCAUCGUAGUUGCCUUACCCGGUGUUUUGUUUUUCGAUAAAAUGAAAAUUCCGAUUUCGUCAAAUUUAAACGUUGAGAUGUGUGUUUAUACAUCUCGUUAUGAUAAAAUUUUUAAAAGUUAUUUUCUGAUAUCACUUUUAAUCGACAUAAUCAUUUUGGCAAUAAUGUUUCUAUUAUAUUAUCGCAUUUGGAAGGUAGCUAAAAAGCAUUAUACACGUGCUAUCUAUACGGAAAGUCGAAAUUUCGGGGAUGCGGAUGCCCACCAAAAAAACUUAAAAACAUACACAAAGAUUAGACAAACCAAUAAAAUUCUGCUGUGCAUUACGGUCUUAUUUGUUAUCAGCUUAAUCCCUGGUCUACUCCUCGGAAUUAUUUAUCCACCGAGAUACGAGGCGGAUAUUCCAGUAUUUGUGGAAUCUUUGAGACAAAUAGGCUUUCGAAUGUGGAUUUUUAACGGUGCAAUGAACCCUAUUGUCUACGGACUAUUAAACAGCCGCUUUCGUCAGAUUUUCCUAAAUUGUCUGCAAAAUAACAGCAUCGUAUCUUCAGGUGCAUCACAAUAAACAGAAGCAAAAGAUUAUGAAAACCUUUCCUUGUUAAGAAGCUGUAAGAUCAGAUGCAUUUGCUUUCGGUUGUUUGUGGUUUGACAAUUGUUUCAAUAUCGAACUGAUUGAUAAAAUACAUUUACAUAAAUACAAACCCGCGCGUUAAAUGUGGUAUGCGAUUGAAAAACUGUUAAUAUAUAAUUUUUCCUUUAAUCUGUUUUCGAAUAUUUGAGUAUUUCAUUAAUUGCUAAUACAGGUAAUUGAUACUUCAACUUUUUUUUUUGUUUU